AUGAGAAGAACGCGCCUUCACGAUGGCCCCAAGGCGCCAUGGCUCACCUGGGCCAAACUUUGUCUUUCUUCCCUUAACGGCGAUUCUUGCACCCUGUUCUACCAAUUUCAACGACAAGAGGAAGAACAAGAUCCAUCAACUGUACCGUCAAUUCGACUCGACAGCCCUCACCUUACUUUACCUCACCUCGCAUCGUUUCGUCUCGCCUCGCCUCGACUCGACUCGACCGAGCAGGUUCCUACGGUCACGGUCAAGGCACGGUCCAGUACCAUCACGGUUGGCUUGUUCUCGGCUGCACCUCAAAUCUCGCUCGUACAAGUCGACUUUGGGCUUCUAGGCUUCAGGGCCGUCUGCUCGACUCCUCUUCACAGCCUACACCCACGACUUGCACAGCGUCAGCUAGAGAUCCUCUUCGCUGUCGAACCCUCAGUCAUGUCUCCGAGUCUCGCGGGUUUAUAG